AUGCGUCUUGCCAGUGAAAACUCAUCGGCCAAACCUCUUGUUGCAGAAAGGUUAAAAACAGAUAGGCAAAAACCACCUCUCAAACCCAAAUCACUAUCAGAUUCCAAAAUAAGAGCAGCAUUGCUCAUAUAUCAGGCUCAAGCGAUUAUGCGUCUUGCCAGUGAAAACUCAUCGGCCAAACCUCUUGUUGCAGAAAGGUUAAAAACAGAUAGGCAAAAACCACCUCUCAAACCCAAAUCACUAUCAGAUUCCAAAAUAAGAGCAGCAUUGCUCAUAUAUCAGGACUUCCAAUGGCAAGAAGAUAUUCCUUGCAGUGUUUUCUUGAAAAGCGCCGUGGCAGGAUCAUCAACAAUUCUCCUUAUGCCCUUCAUUCUUAAAAAACAAGAAGACAAUUAUGAGGCAAUUGCCAUUUAUUCAACUCCAUUCAAUGCUUUUUAUGAAAUAGCCUUUCAGGUGACCUUAAUUGCUCAAGGGGAUGUUCCUCUGUCUAUUGUAAUGACGGUAUGCACAACUCUUGGGGCAGCAGCCCUGACUCCUCUACUAACAAAGAUAUUGGCAGGGACUUUCGACCCUGUGGAUGCUACCAAACUGUCAAUGAGCACCAUGCAUGUCGUUGUUGCUCUAAUUUUGUUAGGUUCUUAUAUGCAGAGUGCAUUUCCUGCAGUGGUUAAAAUUGUGAUACCUUUUGCACCACUUUUUGCUGUUCUAGCUGCAUCACUGCUUGCAUGCAGUGUAUUCUCCGAGAAUGUUGUCCGUCUCAAAGCUUCAAUGGUUGCUGUAACAUUGCCGGCUGAACUGUCCCUAAUGGCUCAUGCUGAGACAGUGUUAUCUGGAGAAGUUGGGGUGGUUAUUCUUUCUAUGCUGUUAGUACAUAUUGCUGGUUUCUUUGUGGGGUAUAUAUCAGCAGCUGUUUGCGGGUUUAGAGAAGCACAAAGACGAGCAAUAUCAAUUGAUGUUGGUAUGCAAAAUUCUUCUUUGGGUGUGGUUUUGGCCACCUCUCAUUUCACCUCGCCGAUGGUUGCAUUACCUGCUGCUGUGAUUGUGAAUAUAAUGGGAAGCAGCCUGGCAUUCUUUUGGAGAUACGUAGAUCCUUCUGACUCCAAAGGAGACUCCUACAGUUGAGGUUAAGUGACAACUAUAGCACCCUUUCGAAGUUUUCCCUAACCGGCAAUAUCUGCUGUGAGUAUGAAUACAAUGGGCAGCAGCAAUCUGGGUGUCCUUAGAGAUAUGUAUCCUUUUGGCUCCAUUAAGUCUCCUACAAUUGAUGUUAAGUGACAGUAA